AACAAUUUAUCAAUAGAACAGCAAUAGGUAUGCAUACGUUAAUAGAGCAAACCGCCACUGUCCUAUGAUAUCAGCUGAUUAUGUCCAUUGAUAUAGUUUAAACACAACAAGGUUCGUUAAGCACAUAUAUUACACCGUGGUACGCUGGCGGUAAAGUCUCAGCUUUUCAACCUCUCAAGUCUCUCCCCGAAACGUAAAACCGCCGAUCUCAUUUCGAAGUGAUAGGUAUAACAGUCAAUUUAUUGUCUGGAUACAACAUUUAAAAUGUGUUUUAAAAUGUUUUGUUUAAAUUGAAUUAUUCAACGUAUAAACGUGCACAAAAGUGUGACACAGAAUCCCGUUUAUAUAGGAAUUAUACUUUUGGUUGGUCGCUUGGCAACCCCCAUGUGUAGAUGUUGAAUGGUUCCGUCCAACUGGAACUGACUAUUUCUUUUUUUCUACAGGCGAUGGCUUUAUUUACAAAUUAUGUUUUUGUCGUGUAUUAACCGAAUAAAAAAUUCGUAUUACACAUAAAUUAAGUUCCGUUUUUAGGGGUAAGGACAGUGGUCCUAAUUAUAUUGUAUUAUAUAGAUUGUGAGUCUAGUUCUAUGUAGGACACCCCUGUCAUUAUUGGGUACUGCUCCUGGCACUUCCUUGUUCAAAAGUUUUAUUUAGGGAAAGGCUUGGUGAAAAGUUGGACACCGGUUUGGAUAUUUCGACGUCAAUUAUUAAGGGCAUGGAUCAUAUUUAUUGUACAUUAUGAGAUAACUAGCGUGUAGCUAUCGCAGUUUUCCCAUGGCUGUAAUUAUUAGAAGCUGGCUAACGUUGCACUGAGCGGCUCCAUAAAGAGAAAGAUGUCCACGGCUAACGUUAGCGAAGACGUCCGAGUGAAGUUUCCUCUGCAUUCAGCAGUGUGGGAAAAUGACUACAGGACACUGGAAGAACAAGUAACGUUACCACAGAAUGAUGUAGAGGCUGUGGAUCCCAGAGGCCGGACACCUCUGCACCUGGCUGUGUCGCUUGGGCACCUGGAGUCAGUGAGAGUCCUUCUGAGACAUGGUGCUGAAGUGACUAAAGAAAAUGGCAUGAAUUGGACAGCGCUGCAAGAGGCAGUCAGCACCGGAGAUCCAGAGAUGGUUCAGUUAGUGCUUCAACGCAGAGACUACCUCAAAGCCUCCACUGCUCUGGGAGGAGUGCCUGAGCUGCUGUCAAAGAUCCGAGAGUCUCCAGACUUCUAUAUGGAAAUGAAGUGGGAAUUCACCAGUUGGAUCCCUCUUCUGUCCCGGGUUUGUCCAAGUGAUGUUUGUCGCAUUUGGAAAAGUGGUGCCUGCCUGCGAGUGGAUGCCACUCUUCUAGGCUUUGAAAACAUGACUUGGAUCAGAGGGCGCAGAAGCUACAUCUUCAGAGGAGAUGAUUCAUGUGCAGAGUUGAUGGAGGUGAACCAUGACGAUGAAGUCGUGGACACCGAACGCUUCAACAUAUCCCAAGAAAUCGAGGAUGUCACGCUCGAGUCAAUGCAGCCAGCUGAACAGGAAAUUGCCAAAAGGUUGACCACCCCUAUUGUCAACACCUACUUGGACACCAAGGAUAUUGCUUUUGAGAGGAACAAGUCGGGAAUUUGGGGCUGGCGAGCUGACAAGACUGAACUGGUCAAUGGAUUUGAAUCAAAGGUUUUCAGUGUGAAUAAUGUAAAUGUGGUAAUCAGGACAAGGACAGAGCAUCUCACAGACGAGGAGAAAGCCAGGAUAAAAAGUGAAAGGAACGUCUUGGAGUCUCUGCUUGGGACUGUGGAGCAGCACAUAAGUGCACAAGGGGACCUGACUCUUGAGUAUGCAACUGCCACCAAUCCCACUGCCAUCACUCCAGAGGAAUACUUUGACCCUGACUUUGACCUGGGGAACAGAGACAUCGGCCGACCCAUUGAGCUGAGCAUUCGAACACAGAAGUUCAAAGGUACAUUGUGGAUGAGCGAGGAACAUCCUCUGUCCCUGGUGGAGCAGGUGACGCCCAUUAUCGACCUCAUGGCUCGGACCAGUUCCCAUUUUGCACGUCUGCGAGACUUCGUAACCCUGAAUUUUCCUCCUGGAUUUCCUGUUAAAAUAGAGAUUCCCUUGUUUCAUGUGCUGAAUGCCAGGAUUACAUUUGGUAAUGUUAAUAAAUGCAGUACUGAAGAGGAGGCGAUCCCAACACCAGUAGCCACGCCAACAUCCUCAGGAGAAGAGGAAGAAGCUGCAGCACUGCCUCCGUUUCAGGUGUGUCCUACAGUGUUUGAUGUGCCCGCCAGUUACCUGCGCAGAGGAGGCAGCCGACACACACCCAUAUCCAACAACGACGAGGAGCUUUUGCAGUAUGCCAUCCAUCAGAGUCUCCUGGAGUCUCGGAGAGUCCCGGGCGAGGAGGGGAUGUUGGAGGAUGCUGAGGCGGACUUUACUGAUGUGAUGCCCAGUAGCCAGAGUGACAGGAGUAUCCCAGAGGGGGUGCUAGUGGAAUUAGCAGACACCCCCAGCCCUGUCAGCUCUCCCUCUGCAUCAAGCGCCGACUCGGAGCUCCGCCUGGCCAUGGAGCUCUCUGCACGGGCUCAAGCGGAAGAGGACAGGAUGAGGAAGCAGGAGGAAGAGGAGCUGGAGAUGAUCUUGCAGCUAUCACUCACCGAGAAGUAAAAUGGAUAAGAGGGAAAAAUAAUAAUACAACCUUUCCAGAUCGAGAAGCAACCACCACACCUCAAUUUUCCUCCCUAACCACUGUAGUCAUCUAUGCAAGCGCAGGUUUCUUUCUGUAGCAGAUCAUUCUUGCACUGGCAAUAUCAGACUGUCGCUAUCCAAUAUUUUCCAAAAGGUAUUUUUGGUAAGAGCAUACUCCUUUAUAUAUUUCUAUCUCAGCAUCUCCAUCCUCAAGGUAAUUCAUAGACUCUUUCAGAUCAUUUCAGGUCGGUUCUACUAAUUAUUUAUUUUCUAUCCAAAUCAGAGUCACAGCAGCAACCUGCGUUUGUUGAUCACAUUGUUGUCCAGAGUGAGGUCAAAUCAGUGUAAUUAAGGUUCUGUCAACAAGAUGACUCCUCUAGGUGACUUCCUGUAGUGCUGGCACUCAAAUGUGCCACUUAGGGUUCAAAGCACUGUUAAGUUUAUUUCCUUUGUACCAGUCAGUCCCUGUUUUUUUAAGUGGCUAGAAUGAAACCAGCCUAGCCCAAUUGAAAACUACUAGUACCCUGGACCUGAAGGGACAUGUUUGAAUGUUUUCACUGUAAAGUCUUCCUAGUGAGUCACUUUGUUGAGGGCCGUGAGCUCAUUGAAUAAUGUAAAUCUCAGGGUUUCAAUUUUACACAUUUAUCCUUCACUUUGGAAUUAGUUUGUAAGUAUUGGAAAUUGUAGCCUGGUAAAUGUUUCUUUGGUGUGAAAUGGUAACACAUGCAUAUCUUCCAUAUAAAUAUGAAUUCAGAAAGUUGGGUUCAUUUAGUCUGAAGUUCAUAAGUAAACGCAUUUUGUUGUACUUUAGGAAUGUACAGUCUACAGAAGCAUGUUGCUGUGAGAUAAACUUUACAUCGUAACAUGGUAACGCAACCGCUCUGCUGAAACAACGGGGAUUUAACAGAAUUCAUGAGGAGAAUGAAAGUAUUUUUGUUAACUGUGACUGAGCAACUUCAAGGAUUAUCACCUCAGUUCAAAGACGCAGUAGCAGAGAAUCAGCCCGUCUGUGGAUUUGCAGCCGUCAUGCAGUUCAAACGCAGUCACACAACCAAAUGCUGCAGAGAUUAUUCCGAUUCCUCAAGGCAUGCUGUUAGCCUUUAGUAGCCACGAACAACUCUUGACCUCUGAGCAGAAGAAAAGACGGAACAGACUCUUAAGAUCAAGCUUGCCCGCCAUAUGUAGGAUUAGUUUCUUCAGCAUGUGCCAAGGAAUUGCUUUGUUCUGACGACGCUUGGUGGGGGAGAAAGGUGAUUUAUUUGGUGCCACUUAGACUAAACUUCUGAACAAAAAAAAAAUGUUUUUGUAACUUUUAAACCAAGAUGAAGAGGUUUCAGUUGUACCCGGGUGAUGCUGCGUAACAUGCAUUAACCACUAUAGUUGAUUUCACUGACAACCCACCACUUAUCAAAGGUCUCUCUGCUUAGCUGUGCCUGACUUUCAGGGGCUGCAGCUGAAAAAACUGCUUAUUAUAUAACGAUCAAAUUUUCAAACUGCUGAACAGUCGACUUUAAAAAGGCUCGCUUUGGUUCAUUUAAUGCAGGUCUUUGUAAUGCACCGUUCCAGCUGCAACGUUUUUUUUUAAUGUUAAAAUUUUAAGACAUUGUCUUGGUUUCAAAAUGUUUCUAAAAUAAAAAGCACUUUAUUUCCAUGAGGACUAAACUGA